GUCUUUUCUAGUUAACUAACAAUAUUUGGACAAUUUGACUUCAAAGUUUGUAUAACUGUAAAUUACGAUGGAAGAAAUUGAAAGUUUGAAAAGAAGGAAUCCCAAGUAGGAUCCAUCUUGAAAUUUCCUCAGUCACGUGACUCUCAUGAAAUAUGGAUUCCAUAAGAAAUAUAAACUGAAUAUCAAAGAAAAAAAUAAAUUUCUUAAAACAGCCAUGAAACAAGGAUUUCCUGUUACUUAAUUCACCAUGUUUCAAAGGGUGGUUCAGGGCAACAGCAUUUUGUUGACUUGGUUUAUACUGUCUCUACUUCUCAUGUACAGUCACUUAGAAGAUGUGCAGAAAUGUGAUAGAAAACGUCCCAUUCUCACAGACACUUGGGGUAUCGUUAAUGAUGGACCAACCAAUUACACCAACAACUCUCACUGUGAAUGGCUUAUCAAGGCCAACUCAACUAGUAAGUUUGUGACAUUGAAAUUCAAAAUGUUAGCUACAGAGUGCUCCUAUGAUCAUAUUUUUAUUUAUGAUGGAGACAGCUAUUCUAGCCCUUUACUUGGAACUUUCAGUGGAGACGCACUUCCUCUUCCAGUUACUGCUCAGUCUGGCUCAAUGUUAAUUUUAUUGUACAGUGACACCAAUUAUGUAUUAAAAGGAUUUGAGGCAGAGUAUAGCAUAACGGACUGUCCUUUAAACUGCAGUGGGAAAGGAACUUGUGUGGAGAAUCGUUGUGAAUGUAGCCAUCUCUCAUCAGGAGAUGCCUGUGAAAUUGAAUUGUGUCAUAAUGCAUGUGGAGCAAAUCAAGGAAAAGGACAAUGUCAGCACAUCCCCAGUCCUUCUCAGUGUGUGUGUAGUCCAGGAUAUUCAGGACAGUCAUGUAGCUUACCAUCAACCAAUAACAAUUCUGAAAACUAUUGGCACCUACUAUCUCAGGAAGGAACUGGCUUAUCACCGAGAGCAGGUCAUGGAGGGGUUUACCUUCAUUCACUUGAUAGGCUUUUUAUUUUUGGUGGAUUUUCAUUUCAUCAAGUCCUUGGAGACUUUCUAGCCUAUGACUUCAAUCAUAGUAAAUGGUUAAAUAUAACUCAGAAAGAGAACACCCCUGCACCUCGUUGGGGACAUGCAAUGGCUGUAUAUGCAAAUAACAUUGUGAUAUUUGGUGGAGAGUUACAAGAUGGUAAACUCUCUAAUGAACUUUGGCUUUACGAUACAAGCAAACAAGAAUGGAAACUAGAAGCCACAGGGAGUAAACUACAGCCCCCAUCACUGACUAAACAUUCACUUACUCUUGUAGAUGAGAAAUGGUUGUAUGUAUUUGGUGGUAGCUAUCAGAAUGGCUCCUUCUCAUCAGAUAUGUAUCGUAUUAACUUGAAGUCUGGUGCUUAUUGGGAAAAGGUAGAAGCCUUAGGUGGAAAAAGCCUGACUAGAAGACUGGUAGGACACUCAACUAUCUACUAUGCUCCUCUGAAGUCACUUGUGGUGUAUGGUGGGAUAAGUGUUCGUGAUGCUCGUUUUAGUCAGUUUAAUAUAAGAGUAGAUGCAUUUCAUGUCGAAAAAAAGUAUUGGACAGAACUUUUUCCAGGAAGAUCCCAUUACCAUCCACAGAUGCUGAAUGUUCCAUUAGGAAGAGCUUUCCAUACAUCUUCAGUGAUAGGAAACUACAUGGUGGUUUACGGAGGUUACAUUCAUAUUCAUACAAAAGAAGAGAAAUGUUUUGAUGAUGCACUUUAUUUCUAUCAUUUAGAAUGCCAUAAAUGGGUUGAUGUGUCCAAACUUAUGGAAGAAUAUUCAGAUACGUCUAAUCCUAUUCCAAAAGGGGUGUUUUCUCAUGUAGCAUCUGUAAGAAAAGGUCACACACUUGUUGUAGUAGGUGGUUACAAUGGGAGGAUGAGAGGGGAUAUACUGGCAUAUAUUUUCCCUUCUACUAUUACUAGCAGGGGAGGUGAAUCCAGCAACAUUUGCUCCAGUUACAGAUCAAAAAAUAAUUGCACUCAAAAUCCUUUAUGUGGCUGGUGUUUUAAAAAAAAUGGGUCUGAGCAGGGUCGGUGCUUGGAAAAAUCACACCGUGAGGAAUGUGAACUUCCAUGUCCAGGAUUGUGUUAUCAGUUACAAGACUGCCAGUCUUGUCUUGCAUGGGGAGAAGAUUUUACAACAGAAACUGUAGAUUUGAACAUUAAAUAUCGACCAGCUUGUGCUUGGUGUGUCCAGUCAUCCCAGUGCCAUCCUGUCAAAAAUCCUCCACCUGAAUGUCAACAUACAGUGAAUGAAGCUGGUGGUGAUGUAACUUGGUGGGGCUCUCAAGGAACAGACAUAAAGUCACUUAGUAACUGUCAAAUCAAGGACUAUCCACCAGGGAUUACAUUUCUUAGUUAUCAUUUUCUUCCUGAUUGGAACAAUCCUGAUAAUGUUUCAUUACUCAAUAAGACUACACACAGUGAAUGGAUUUCAAGAAGACCACUAACAAAUCACAGUCUUCCUAGUAAAGAAAAGGUAGACACUAUAAAAUUUCGAGGAUACCUUUACCCUUUGAAUAAAAAUGCCAAGAGAGGGUUGUCUCUGACAGCAAGUCCACAUUUAGCAGUUUUAAGAAUGAGUACAGAUACAACUUGGGAACACAUGGAAAUUGUGGCCAAUGUAACUACUACAGAAACAGAGGUGAAAGUUCAACGUCCAAAUGGCCAGACUUUGUUUCCUAAUUUUACUCGAUAUCAGAAGUACCUCUUAGAAUUGGAGGCCAGACAUCAUAUAGAUAAUACACAUCAAAGUCCCCCUAAGGUGGAACUCUUUUGGAGUUCAUCUGGUUCGGAAAAUAAGGUUAUUACACAGGAACAUCUGGAACCUUACAGGAAUGGAUCAUGUGGUAGCCUUUCUACUUGCAUGAGUUGUUUAAGUGAUGCUGAGUGUGGGUGGUGUCGUUCACAGAACCAGUGUUUGCAUCGAAAUAAAAGAGACUCUCGCAGAUCCCAAUGUUUCUACAAUGAAGAGCUUCAGUUCUUAGUGUUAAAACCAAAAGAUUGUCCUCUUUGUUCAGAUUUCAUUGACUGUAAGGAUUGUACUCAACAAUCACACUGUGAAUGGAUAGUAAAAACAGCUACCUGUGUGCGCAUUGGAAGCAAUGAUAAAUCUGUUCGUCAUACGAAACUUUGUCCAAUUCCAUGUGAAUUGCGACUCAACUGCACUUCUUGUCUUGGAAAUCCUGGGAUGUGUGCGUGGUGUGAACAAACACAAACAUGUUUUAUGUUUUCAACUUUUACAACAUCUUUUAUGUACGGUGGUUGUCGAGAAUGGGUAGAUGAGGAUGAGAACCGCAGAGGUUUGGAGAACUUUGGUGGCCAGUGUCGAAAUUGUUCUCGCCACACUAACUGCAGGUCCUGUUUAAAUUACCUACGUUGUGGGUGGUGUGGACUUGUCAGUAAUCCAACCCUUGGAGCAUGUGUGAGCGGAGACUAUGGUGGACCAGAUAUUGGACAAUGUGAAAAUAUUUUAGAGCACAUCCACACUAACAUCUCUGAGUUGGAGCUUGCUGAGUGGUCUUAUAGUACCUGUCCUCUUGUCGACGAGUGUCGCCUGGGUCUUCAUGAUUGUCACUUGAAUGCAAGUUGUAUUGACACAAAGGAUUCCUAUAACUGUACUUGCAAUAAAGGGUUCAAAGGUGAUGGAGUUUCAUUCUGCAACAGAACAUGUUUAGAAGAGUGUGUCCAUGGUCAUUGCUCUGAAGUCCUUGACUACCAGUGUACAUGUGAAAUAGGUUGGACUGGAAGUGAUUGUAAUACUAAUUGUGGCUGCCAUAACCAUAGUACUUGUGUCCAUGGAGUUGGUCUCUGUGAUGAAUGUCGGGACUUGACAGAGGGAAAAUUCUGUGACAAAUGCAGUCCUGGAAGUUAUGGAAAUGCAACCAGUAUGUUAACUGGAUGCAAGAAGUGUGAUUGCAACAAACAUGGUAAUGUGAAAAAAGGAAUAUGUGACAAUAAAACAGGAACUUGCUCUUGUGUUGACAAUACCAUUGGGAAAAGAUGUGAGAAGUGUGCCCCAGGUUAUUAUGGUAAUCCCAUAAAUGGUGGUCAGUGUUAUCGAAGGUGUAAUCCUCGAAGUGUAAGCACAGAUGUAAAAAGUGGGGGAUUAGGGGUUCCCCUGUCAACUAAGGAAGUUGGACAUUGUCUGUGGAUAUUCACAGUUUACUCAUCACUUGAAGAAUCAUCCUUUCAGGAGAAUGGACAGAGUGCUGGAAUUCUUUUGACAAUUGAAUCAGAUAUACAGAUUUCUUGUUAUCAAAAUCAUAUUUACGUUUAUGAUGGGCUACCCAAGUUUCUUCACCCAAAUCGUCUGAGACGGGAACUUGGGACUUUCUGUGGAACAAAACAGCAUCAAUCAAUCAAGGUCUUAGCUACUUCAGGAUACCUUACUGUUUUCUACCAGCACAUUGAUGCAUCACAAGGAUUUAAUGCUACUUAUCAUCGUGUGGAGUGUCCAGAUUUUUGCAGAGAUCCUCACCGUACUUGUAUAGAUGGUCAAUGUCAAUGUAAACCUGGCUUUGUUGGUCCCAACUGUGAAGAAGCCAUCUGUCCCAACAACUGCUCUUCUACACGAGGUUAUGGAGCUUGUGAUGAGACUUAUGGACGAUGCCAAUGUUGGGGAAAUUAUGGAAGAACCAAUUGCUCCAUACUCUUGGAUCCACCUUAUGCUAGUUGGAGUGUCUUAUUUAACCCUGCAACUGCUCGUGCAUCAUCUGUACCAGAUUUAGCAUCUGUUCUCCCUCGCAUGGGCCAUUCCUUAUUGACUAGCAGAAAUCCGAGUCCUUCAAAUAGGGGACUUAUCUGGGUGUUUGGUGGAUAUUCUACAGAUAAAGGAGAACUGAAUGAUCUUUAUAAGUUUAACACAGCUACCAGCAGGUGGCAAGAGGUUGUCCCAGAACCUCAAAGUGCUGGGCCUCCUCCAGGUCGACACUUCCAUGGAGCAGCAAUGACAAGAAAUGACAUCUAUGUUUUUGGAGGACUAAGCAAGGACAGAGUAAUGGGAGAUUUUUGGAAAUUUGAUACUGAAAAAGGGGUUUGGACACAGUUGAGGACAUCUUCAGAUGUUCCACCGUUAAGUGGUUUAACCUUGAUCGCUAUCAGUGACAAGAGUUUACUGGUGAUAGGAGGUUAUUCUCCGGAGUAUGGGUUUCUGGAAUAUCUUUUAGAAUACAGUCUUUCUAGUCGAGAGUGGAAGAUUCUAAAUAGUAGUGGAGCUCUACCAGUUGGGAUUUAUGGACAUUCAAGUGUCUACCAUUCCCAGACUGAAGCUGUUUACGUAUUUGGAGGUUUUCUGUACGAUUUCAAUCAAGUGGUAGUUUCUGAUCAACUUUAUACCUUUCACUUGCCCACGCUUCGUUGGUCAAGGCUUCCUAUUGACAGAAGAACCAGCUCAGCCAGACCAAUGCCAAGAUACUUUCAUGCUGCAGCCACCACAGCUUCAUACAUGAUAAUCAUUGGAGGAAGGACAAACAAUAGCGAGUUGAUUAAUGAUGUAUUUGCUUACAACUACAAGUGUAAUUCAUGGGGUACACUUCAGCUGAAUAGUGAUCUACCAGAUGUUAAAAGAGGAGAAAGAAUCUUCAUAGAUGUUAAAAUAGAAGGAGAAAGACCUGGUCCAUUGUCUGGUGUUGCUGCUGUGUGGUUAGAAAGUGGUUUUUACGUGUUUGGUGGAUAUAAUGGACAAACUCAGGGACAUUUAUACCAGCUGACCCUUCCCCUCGAUCUUUGCCACCUCUUUACUUCCAGUGCUUUAGCUUGCCGUAAGCACACUGGUUGCUCAUAUUGUUUAACAUAUGAAAAUGGUACCAAUGAAACUUUCUGUUUUGCAGAAGAAGGGUCCAUACUUUCUAGUAUAGAUGAGAAAUUUCACAAAGUAAAUGAAAAUCCAAUUUUUAACUGGACAUGCGUGAGGAAGAAACUUCAUGAUGUUACCUCAUACAAAAUGGAGUCUAUUCCUCCCAGAUCUUGUCCACCACGUUGUAAUCACCAUCAUAAUUGUUCAACUUGUCUGAACAAAUCAGGCAGCGAGGGAGGAUGGCAUGAGUGUCGUUGGUCUACUGCUUUGAGAAAGUGCUUUUCUCCAAGUUUUCAACAAUUGCAAUGUGAGGGAGGAUUGUGUGGAGCCAUAUUGGAGGCUCCUAAUUUCCAGUGUAGUGAUCCAUGUUGGAAUCACACACAAGCUUCUCAGUGUCUCAAGUAUCCUCGUUGUGGUUGGUGCUCUUUCACAGGACCCCUUGUUGAUGGCCAGGGACUGUGCAUGGAUGGUGACUUACAAGGCCCAACAGGUGGAGGCAUGUGUCGUCAAGGGGAAAUUCGACUGCAUGAUGCUGAAAUUUCAGAACAGAUAAAUCGCUGGUUUUCAAUGUCUCUUAACCCUCCAAAGUGGGCAUACUUGAAACCACCACCAGAAAACGAGUGUCUCAAUGGACAUCACACCUGUGAUGAACGUCUUGAAAAAUGUGUGGAUCUGGAAGAGGGCUUCACCUGCCAGUGUCGGGAUGGCUACACAGAAGAAGGGGGACAUUGUAUGGCAGUUUGUAACCAGGGAUGUGUUUAUGGCAUAUGUGUGGAACCAAAUGUUUGUAAGUGCCACUUUGGAUACGUGGGACAGAAUUGUUCUACCAAGUGUCAGUGCAAUGAUCACAGUAACUGUGCUGGGGUAGACAGGCUGGAUGAAUGUUUGGAAUGUCACAAUAAUACUCAGGGUUCUCAGUGUGAGAAGUGUAAACCAUUUUUUGUAGGUGAUCCUGUCAAAAAAAUUAAAUGCACCCCUUGUAUAGAGUAUUGUAAUGGCCACACUGACAUUUGCUUUGACUCUGCAUUGUUGAAUAACACCCUUCCUACUAUGCAGCCAAUGGAUAUCAUUGACAUUAAGGACUUGGUUCUAGAAGGUUCCACUGGAGGUGCUGUUUGCUUCAAUUGUCAAAAUAAUACUAAAGGCGAACACUGUCAGAAGUGUAUUCAAGGAUAUUUUAUACUUGGUGAUUCCAUAAAGGAUGGCUGUCGACCGUGUGAAUGCCAUGGCCAUGGGGACACAUGUGACCCUUUGACAGGUGAGAAUUGUAAUUGUCAGAAUAAUACAGAGAAUGAACGUCAUUGCAGUCAGAAAAAUGGGAAGAAUUCAGCGACACCUUGCUGGAAAUCACAGUGUGCCAAGUGUAAAGAGUAUUUUCUUGGUCAACCCACUGAUGGCCAUCAGUGUUAUCGUCAUAUGUACAUGGACAGGGAUUACUGCUUUGAUCCUUUCACCCAAGAUGAUUGCAAAAAUCCUAGCUCACUCCUUCAGGGCCAAACAGUGUUUUUUGCAGUUCAGCCACGUUUUAUGAAUGUAAACAUUCGAGUAUUUGUGGAUGUUACCAUAGGAGGUGUAGAUGUGUACUUAUCAUCCAAUAGGGAGAGCUUUGUGGUAGAAGUGAACAAAACAACAGGUGUUCACAUUGUUUAUGUUGAUAAAAAAUUUGAAAUCGUUAUGGAGUCAAGUGACAGAGAAACAGAUUUUUUUUUUGCUGAGAGAACUUUUAGACCUGAGAGGCUAAAUUUUCAAGACAAAUUAUCAGGAAAGCAUUCUAACCAAACAGAACCACCCCCAACUGAACACUUGAAGCUUAAUGAACUGUGGGCUAGGGGAUUGACCACCUAUGCAUUCUUGAAAGAUCCUAGUGAUUUUCUUGUAAUUCGAGGUUUGCAGAAUAGGCUUGUAAUGACUAUUCCACAGGAAGUUCAUAACCUGGGAAAAGACCGUUUCUAUAUGAUUUUGCAUGGAGUAGGUAGUGAAAGUUCUUCAGAUACUUUUGGGAGUCUUUUCUUUAAGCAAGAGCAAACUAAAAUAGAUCUUUUUGUUUUCUUUUCUGUGUUCUUUUCAUGCUUCUUUCUUUUCCUGGCUAUUUGUGUGAUUGUGUGGAAAGUCAAGCAAGCCUUCGACCUUAGACGAGCACGUCGCCUGCAUGCUGCCGAGAUGAAACACAUGGCAAGUCGUCCCUUUGCUUCUGUGUAUGCUAUAAUUGAGCCAGAGCCUGAAGAAUAUGAAUAUUUACCAUAUUCUCCCAAAAAUUACUCUAAAAAGACAAAAUAUAACAAGUAUCACAAUGGUAGAGACUCUCCUAAAGUUGUAUUAAAUGAACGAUACUAUGUAAGACCUGUGGCCAUUGAGCCUACAGAUGAUGGUGUUGCAGCUAUUGCUACAACACUCAUUUUGCUUCCAGGAGGAACUAGCGCACCUGUUCGACUUGCCUUGGGCUCAGGACUGGUCACUAUGCGAGGAAUCUAUCAGUGUGUGAACAUUAGGUCAGCAAUGAGACGAAGUACAAGCCACGUGACUUUGUGAUACUGUUGCAGAUAGCUUACUGUCACAGUACUUCUGUACUGGUUGGUAAUUUUUCUGUUUAGUUCUGAGUAUUGAAGAAUUGCUUUAUACAUGUUCCAAAGUAUGAAAAAUUAAAACUAUCUGCUCAUCCCUUGCCAAAAGACUUUUUCAAUUCUGCAAAAGGAAUGUCAUAUUUUACAGCUUGAUAAAAUUAGUGAUGAUAGAAAGUCAGCCAUAGCUUCCAGGACUAUCCUACCUCAGUUACUGUAGUUGAUAAAAGUCAUAUACACUUCUCUUAUACGUGUUAAAAGUGAAGAUAAAAAUUUACAUGUUAUGUUCUAACAUUAUAUUUAGUGUUAUAAUCUUCUGCAUCUCUUUUUUUUUUCCCACCUUUUUAUUUACAUUACAAACUAAUGCUUCUUCUGCUCCAAUAUUAAGGGUGAUUGAUAAUUUUUCUUCUAUGCCAAGAUUAGAAGUGCUGAUUAAAAGCAUCUGCAUUGUUAUUCUUUUUCAACCAUAUGAAUGUCAACUGAUGUGUGCCAACAUCAGAAAUGCAAAGAGACAAUUCUUUGUACUUGUUACUUAGAUUAUUAGGAACACGCAUCAGGUUUUUGUAGUCUGUGUCAGUAAGCUUGUUGUCUUAAUUUUCAUCAGCAUGUAUAUAGAGUAAAUACAGUAUGUACAGUUCUUUGUAUUCUUUAUGUUGACGGUACUGCAUAAUGACAACACUUCAUGCAUUACUCAGAGUCCAAAUUAAAAACAUGAACUUACAUCUUCUAUAUCUUUUUCUGCUCUUUGUUGAAAUUCCUUUCUUCCUGCUUGAAAGUAAGAAAAAUUUGAUUGACAAAGUAAGAAAACAACAACAAAGAACUAUAAAUAGAAAGUAAGGAAAAUCCAAUUCUUGUUCUUUUUUUUCUGAAUAAAUGUAUCACAUGAGGAAGAAAAAUUGUUUUGACAAGUUUAUUUGUGGUAGGGGUCUCUACAAAUCAGAAACACCAGUCUAGCUAUGGUUGGAUAAACAGUUUUUAUAUUUCAUUUUGAAGACAUCAUGUUAGUUGUAAGGUGUUGAAGUAGUGUAAAAUUAGAAUGGGACUGAUUGUUGAAAUACAUUAAUAACAUUUUACUUGUUGCUUUGUGUAAAUAUCACAUAGCAGUACUUUCCUGCUUUUUUAUAAUCAGUUUUGCAAUGGAAAUAUUACAGUGUUCAGUUUCAGGGUAUGCCUAAAAUUUAAAAGUCUUCGUUGUUAGUAUGUUGUAUAUAUAUCUAGACAUAUUAACUUCAGAGCUUGAAGAUAUUAAUAGUUUUUUUUUUCUCACAGUUGAAUAUUUAUACACAAGCACACAUAUUUCUUGUAAUUAAUUUUUCAUCUCAUGAAGGACUGAGAUGAAGAUGUACUUAAGGUGUUUGAUGGGGUUAUCUGCAGCUUUUGGAAUAUAAAUUUUUUCCUGUACUAUAUGUUGGAACCAUUUAGAGCUAUUCCAGAAAAAAUUUAAGAAUUGUACAUAAUAUAUAUUUUUUCUUUAAUUGUGGAAAACGUCUGUGUAUUAUAGAAACAGUUUUCUGCUCAGCUUGUAAGAAUUUAAAUGAUUAACUAAAUUAAAUGGAUUACCCAGAUUUACAUUUCAUAUACAAAACAAUUAGGUUGGUAUCUUUCUUUCUAUUUAUAUGUGAAAGGUAACUAACAGCUUUUUGGAAACCACAACAAUUCCAGCCAUAAUAUUUAUAACAGUUUACUUUCCUGUAACCAAGCCUAUAGCAUACAGUAAGCAUUACUGAUAUGACAUAAAACUGUUGGCUAAACUGCCUCGGAUAGAAAAGAUACACCUCUGGUACAUCCAGUAUUUGUACCAUACAUUUUAUAAAAUUGCUUCUGAUGGCUCCUUUAUUCUUAUAUUUAAUUUUUUUUCUUUUUGCAUAAACUGUUUAUUGUUUUACAUUGAGAACAUUGUUGAAAAAAGAAAAUAUUAUUGUUAUGGGAAUGUAAGUUCUAAUGAUAUGUACAUUCUGUUAUUGAUAGUAAUAGUUAUUCUUGGAGUAAAGUUACUUUAAACGUGGAAUAAAAUGAUAAAGGAUAUCUUUCUUUACAUUACAACAUAUAAAUUUAUUUUAAACAGAAAUGUGUAGGUACUAAAUACUUGGUUGUGAACUUUUCAUUUGUAUAAGUGGUGUAAAUAAUAAUAAACUUUAUUUCUCCAGUGUAGUCAAGUUAAUGUUUUUAUUUCCAUAAUGCACAAUAAAUUUAUUAAGUGAUUUUUACCUGACAAACGAUGCUUUGUGAUCUGAGUUGGUUUCAUUCAAUUAAGAAAUUUUUUCUACUUAAUGUGGUUUAAUAGCUGCAUGAAGGUUUAUAGGAACAGUUUGCAAUUCCAACUUAAUGCUAGCUUUUCAAGCUUUUUUUAUGUAGAAUCAGUUUAAUUUACCCAAAACACUUGGUAAGUUUGUGACUAUAAUAUGUAGCUUUAUGCCUUUUAAUUAAUCUUUAACCAGUCAGUACAAGGUUUUCAAAUUGUAGUCUGUAUAAUGAAGCUUCAAGUAAUCCUACUUAAAUUCUUUUUUUUCUCCAUCCUGUCAUAGAUUUUUUAUACAUUUUUUUGUGAAAUUUAUAAAGAAAAAUUUAAACACUCCUAAAACAUUAUUGUUCAUUAAAUCAUACAAUUCAUGUCACUUGCAUAAUAUUACAAUUUGUUUUUGUACAGUCAUCAAGAUUUGGAAAUUUUUAUGUCAACAUCCAAAUGUACUUGUGCCCCAUAUUUAUAGAUACUGAACAAAUUGCAGCCGUGGCUAGCAAAACAGUGUUAACGUGGGGACUGGAAUAUUUGACUUUUAAACAUAUCUAACAAAAAGUUAUUAUAUAUAAAUUAGAAUACCAGUAAAAAAUAUAUUGGCUAGAGUUUUCCAUCGAUGUUGAAAUCUGUUGUAAUUAUGAAAGUAAACACAUAAUUUUCAUUUUAGUUCUAUUAACUCUAGGCAGAAUUUUCAGUGUCCAUUUUAUAUGUUUUUUUGCAAACGAGAGCAACUGAUCCAACCACACUCCGAGUAGAGGCUAAAUUUCAUGGCUGAAAAUACUUGAAGUUUAAUUAAGUUACAUUGGAAUAAAAAGUUCUGAGGUAUAGCAAUAAACUAAUUAUAAGUUAUAAUAUAAGGUAUAGUAAAAUUUGUGACAUAUGUACCAUUGGACAACAGAAAUUGAAGAAGUAUUUUGUAAUAUCUGUUCAUGCUAUUUAUAUGCUAGUAAUUAAACUGUUAAUUACAGGCUGAGGCACCAUGUUGAAAUAUAAAGGGUUUAUUAACCAACAGGCUUUCCAGCUCUUCAUCAGGGGGAAAUUGGUUAUGUAAGAAAACCACAAGCUUAUAUUCAUAUUGUUGCUAAGGUGCAUUUCAACAGUAUUUUAUGUCUAUGUUAGUGGCUACAUAAAUAUUUAUUAUGUCCAUUUACCAGUAAUAUGUACAUUCACAAUGUUGUUAAACUAACAUAAGGAUAUUGGUGUGAAUACAGUUAAUGCAUAUACAAUUAAUACAUAUAUAAGGUUAGACAUUAUAA